CUUGGAAAACUUCAUUCAAUCAAUCUGAAGGUCGUGUGUUCAAUCCACACUGGCCGCAUCUUCGCUUUUGCCAUCGUGACUAAGAUCAGGUUAGGUUACUUAAAUUCCUUAACCAUGGAGAAAUUCAUCGGAAAUGAAGUAAUCGGGGAGUGAUUAAGUGUUGAGUGAAUGGUUAUCAGUAGAUGUUGAAUUGGCUGUUUGUCUACUUGAAGAAUACGACAGGCAUGCAUGCCUACUUAUAAAGCACACCUAGGAUCUCUCUCUCUGCUCACUUGUUUGUGGUCAGAAAGAGUCGAUGAUGCUAUGCAUCUUGCUGUAAGUGAAUAUGCAGAGCGCUGGAAGAGGUGUAGGAAUAAUACUAUUUUACUGAAUUGUAAAAAUCAGAUGACUACUGUUUUUUGGGAAAUAGAUAGGCAGGGCUUCAUGAAUCUUUGUACCUCGUGACAGAAAAUAAC